GGGGUGGUUGGGGGGUGGGGGAGAUGGAGGAGGACGGGCUGGCCUGCCCUCGCCACCCAGUCCAGCAGCUGCCCGCCCUUCCCAGGGCAGGGAAGGAGGUGGACCAGCUUCCCUGAAACCCUGGGAGGACAGGCUUGGGGGAGGGUGGCCAGGAGAUGGGGGGCAGUGGCGGCCACAGCAGCGGCUUCAGGAGGUGAUCACCUGGUUUCCAUUAGGAAGCCCUGGUCCACAUUUCGGGCAAGAAGGCAGAGCUGGGGUUGGCUAUGUGGCCAAGCCCCCUGCUGCUGGUCCUGUUGCUUCCCGGGCCCCCCGCCCCCGGCAUGGAGGAUGCCGCCUUUCCCCACCUCGGGGAGAGCUCGCAGCCUGUACCCCGGGCCUGUCCCCCGCGCUGCUCCUGCCCCCAGCCAGACACGGUGGACUGCGGCGGCCUGGACCUGCAGGUGUUCCCGGACAACAUUGCCAGGGCGGCUCAGCACCUCUCCCUGCAGAACAACCAGCUCCAGGAGCUCCCCUACAAUGAGCUGUCACGCCUCGAUGGCCUGCGGACCCUCAAUCUCUACAACAAUCUCAUCUCCUCGGAGGGCCUGCCUGAUGAGGCCUUUGAGUCCCUCACACAGCUGCAGCACAUCUACAUGGCCCACAACAAGCUCUCCGUGGCCCCCCAGUUUCUGCCCCGCUCCCUUCGAGUGGUGGAUCUAGCUGCCAACCAAGUGACAGAAAUUUUCCCACUCACCUUUGGGGAGAAGCCGGAACUCAGGUCUGUGUACCUCCACAACAACCAGCUGAGCAAUGCGGGCCUGCCCCCUGACGCCUUCCAUGGCUCCGAGGCGGUUGUCACCCUCAGCCUCUCUGGCAACCAGCUCAGCUAUGUGCCUCCCAGCCUGCCACCCUCACUGGAGCGUCUCCACCUGCAGGACAACCUCAUCUCCAAGGUGCCCCGAGGAGCUCUGAGCCGCCAGACCCACCUCCGUGAGCUCUACCUCCAGCACAACCAGCUGACGGACAGUGGCCUAGACGCCACGGCCUUCAGCAAGCUGCACCGCCUCGAGUACCUGGAUCUGUCCUACAACCAGCUGGCCAUGGUGCCCACCGGCCUGCCCCGCACCCUGGCCAUACUGCACCUGGGCCGCAAUCGCAUCCAGCGGGUGGAGGCGGCCCGGCUGCAUGGGGCGCGGGGCCUGCGCUACCUGCUGUUGCAGCACAACCAGCUGGGGACAACAGGGCUGCCCGCUGGGGCGCUACGACCACUGCGGGGCUUGCACACACUGCACCUAUAUAGCAAUGGGCUGGACCGCGUGCCUCCCAUGCUGCCCCGCCGCCUGCGGGCCCUGGUGCUACCCCACAACCACGUGGCCACACUGGGUGCCCAUGAUCUGGCUGCCACACCAGGCCUGGCUGAGCUCAACCUGGCCUACAACCGUCUAGCCAGUGCCCGUGUGCACCACUGGGCCUUCCGCCCUCUGCGUGCCCUGCGCAGCCUCGACUUGGCUGGCAACCAGCUGACCCGGCUGCCUGGCAGCCUGCCCAGUGGCCUGCACACACUGCAGCUACAGCGCAACCAGCUACGGGCCCUCGAGCCUGAGCCACUGGCCGGCUUGGACCAACUGCGGGAGCUCAGCCUGGCGCACAACCGGCUCCGGGUUGGUGACAUUGGGCCCGGCACCUGGCAUGAGCUACAGGCCCUCCAGGUGCUGGACCUCAGCCACAAUGAACUGUCCUUCGUACCCCCUGACCUGCCAGAGGCCCUAGAGGAGCUGCACCUGCAGGGCAACCGCAUCAUUCUCAUCGGUCCUGAAGCCUUCCUCAGCACGCCGCGCCUGCGUGCCCUCUUCCUCAGAGCCAACAGGCUUCACAUGACCAGCAUCGCGCCUGAGACCUUCCUGGGCCUCCCGCACCUGCGAGUGGUGGACACGGAGGAUAACCCUGAGCGCGUCCUGGUCCAGCUGCCUCCCACAGCUCCACGUCGCCCAUGGGCCAGGGGGCCCUGAGCCUGGAGGGGCCCAGCGGUGUAGCUGAGACCCUGGGGUUCCACUGGGCUGUGGACUAAGGAAACAGUGCCCAUCGAGGGCACUGACCUAGUUCUCCCAGGCUCAAGGGCUGGUCCACCAGACCUGCGCUGGCCAGGAAGCUGGCACAAGGGCACCGCUUCUACACACAGGAAGCACUGGGAGGAACUAAAGCAUGCAGUUCGCCCAUCAGGAACACAGACCAUGCUGGCCCAGCUAGCGACAAUAAAGCCUACCCCUUU